CAACUUCCCGGGGAGUCGAGACUGUAUCGCGUGAGGGUUGCAGCCAAUGAGGAGGCGGAAGUGACGGCCGCUUCGGAGCCGCUCGCAGCCGCUGCGAGGGUGAAGCCAGAGUGGGUUGCUCUUUUGGAGGGGCUGUUUCCUCACUUCUCACUUAUCACCGAGAGCUCAGCAUCCAGGCUGAAUUGUACUGUUUAGAAGAAUGGAGGCGACUGCAUCUGUUGACAUGUUUUCCAAAGUCCUGGAGAAUCAGUUGCUUCAGACUACCAAACUAGUGGAAGAACACUUGGAUUCGGAAAUUCAGAAACUGGACCAGAUGGAUGAGGAUGAAUUGGAACGCCUCAAAGAAAAGAGACUUGAGGCACUAAGGAAAGCUCAACAGCAGAAACAAGAAUGGCUUUCGAAAGGACAUGGGGAGUACAGAGAAAUCCCUAGUGAGAGAGACUUUUUUCAAGAAGUCAAGGAGAGUAAAAAAGUGGUUUGCCAUUUCUACAGAGACUCCACAUUCAGGUGUAAAAUACUAGACAGGCAUUUGGUGAUCUUGUCCAAGAAGCACCUUGAGACCAAAUUUUUGAAGCUGAAUGUGGAAAAAGCACCUUUCCUUUGUGAGAGACUGCGUAUCAAAGUCAUUCCCACACUAGCACUGGUAAAAGAUGGAAAAACACAAGAUUUUGUUGUUGGAUUUUCUGACCUAGGAAAUACAGACGACUUCAGCACAGAAACUUUAGAAUGGAGACUGGGUUGUUCUGACAUUCUCAAUUACAGUGGAAAUUUAAUGGAGCCACCAUUUCAGAGCCAAAAGAAAUUUGGAACAAACUUCACAAAGCUGGAAAAGAAAACUAUUCGAGGAAAGAAAUAUGAUUCAGACUCUGAUGAUGAUUAGAGAGCAGUUAUAAUCCUUUGUAAAUCGUCUUUUUAUUUCUGCUUUCUUCACAAUUAGAUGUGUUUUCUAAAUUCUGUUGAUUUCAAUACAUUGAUCUUCUGACGGUCACAUUCUAGAGUUUUAUGCAGUUGCAUCACAUUGAAAGACGUCUUUAAUCUUUUCUGUGUAGCAGCUCAUGUUUAAAUUGAGGAAAACUUCUGAGUUCGAAAAUUACUGGGGGAGGGUCUGGAUUCUCUAUUUUUGAGAUUGGUUUUAUCACAGUAUGAUUCUUACGUUUUUAUACCAUUCACAAUUGUGUUUUUAACGUACUGGAUUGGAAAUAGAAAUUCAGCAGACUAUUCCAGGACUAAUUCUUAAUCAGCAUUAUUUACUUUCCACAAGAGGUUAAGUAACAUUUCCUGGUGUGAACAGACUGCACUUGUAAAUGAAUUAGAAACACUCCUUACUUCUGGAAUAUAUUUAAAUAACUAUUAAAAAGGGUUUAUUUAUUCUGUACUCUGCAUGUUGUUGUUGAAUCAGCUGAUAGAAGCAGAUAGCUUUUUCAGGUUGUGAACAUAUUGCCUUAUUUAAAGCGUUCUGAUCGCUUGUAUUUUAAGACAUGUAUUAAAUAAUCAAGAAGGCCUUUUGAAAU